AUGAAUGACCCUAAACCCUUAAGACGCUCAGGGGGGCCCCUCAACAGGGGCCCCCUAGCAGCAACACCAGACACUGCAGCAACAGCAGCAACAAAUACUUUUGGCUCCCCUGCGGAUGUCGACGACAGCCUCCACGCAGCAACAGCAGCAGCAACGGCAGCAACAGCAGCAGCAGAGAGAGCUCUCCUCUCCCCGACAGCAGCAGCAGCAGCAGCAAACCAAUUUGCCACCCCUGAAGGCGCCGCAGCUCCCCUGCUGCUGCGGCGGGAAGGCCCACUGGUAAAGCGUAUGGAUCCCACCAGCAGCAGCAGCAGCAGCAGCAGCAGCAGCAGGUUGUUUGGCGGAGACGGCGGCGCUGAUGCUGCAGCAGCAGCACGCCAAGGCAGCCACUGGCGCCUCUGUGUGGACCCUUUGCCCACGGGGCUGCAGCACUCUGCAGAAAGCCUACAGCAGCAGCAGCAGCAGCAGCAGCAGCGGCAGGAGGAGGCCCCUUGGAGGGCUUCGGGGGCCCAGUGGGAGGCCCCCUGA